AUGACAUUGCCCACAUCAACAAGCAUCACAUACAAGAAUCCGGAAUUGGCUGAAGCAGAUCAUCCGGGCUCGGCCGUCGAACUCCAAUAUGGUUUCGGCCCUUUACCCUCUCAACUCAAGAAUAAGAAGAUCUUCUUCUUUGACAUUGACAAUUGUCUCUACCAACGGCUGACGAAAAUCCACGACUUGAUGCAAGUGAAAAUUCACCAGUACUUCAAAGAUCACCUUCAGUUGAACGACGACGAUGCCCACAAUUUGCACAUGAAUUACUACAAGACUUAUGGGUUGGCUCUUGAAGGUCUAGUAAGAAACCACCAAGUGGACGCCUUAGAAUACAAUGCUAAGGUGGAUGACUCAUUGGAUUUGUCGUCUGUUUUGAACUACGAGCCCGAGUUGCGAGAGAUGCUUCAGAGAAUUCGUGAAUCUGGCGAGUUUGACAUCUUCUGGCUAGUGACCAAUGCCUAUAAGAACCAUGCACUCCGUGUGAUUUCGUUUUUAGGACUAGGAGACUUGUUUGAUGGUUUAACAUAUUGUGAUUAUUCCCUGUUCCCCAUCGUUUGCAAGCCCAUGGACCUGUUUUAUUACAAGUGUUUGGGAACAGUCAACUUGGACAAAGAAAAUAAAGAGGCAAUGGCACUGUUGCACUUUGUCGAUGACAGCGAAAUAAAUGUCAAGGCUGCUCAUAAACUUGGGUUUGGUCGGGUAUUCCAUUAUGUGGAGAUCGACAAAGAAUAUGAAGCACUUAAGAGGAAGCCCGAUUUUGAAGAGUUCUACGGGAAGGGUGACAAUUCCGACAAAAGCAAGAUUUCCAUUCUUCGUAAUAUUUUGGAGCUCGAAAUUGUUGUUUAG